GCCGGAAGCAGACGUGUGUUUCGGGAGGAAGGCGGAAGCGAUGGCGGCGGCUGAGGCCGAGUGGGAGCCUGCGGGGUUGCUGUCGGCUCCGGGGAGCGGUCUCGAUUGGGAGGCGGUGCUGGGCGAGGAGCUGAGUGAACUACUGGGCCCCGCGGAGCCACGGCGGGCCCUGAGGGACGAGCCCGACGAAAAUGAUCUCUAUAACUUUCAAUUUGAUUUGGAUUUGAUGUCUUGGGACUCAGACCUUUGGAAUAUUACAGGCCAUGCUUUUACAGAUGCAAGCAUCAAGACAGAACCCUUAUCACCAGCCACUUCAAAUUGUUCAGUCCCUUCUCCAUCAUCUGUGGACUCUCCAGUGCAGAAUGUGCCUGAUGAUGUGGACUUCAGCAGUAGCUCCCAGAUGUCUCCACUUUCUCUCUACAGCAAGAGUUGCAGAAGCCCUGCAUCACCUGAAGGUGAUGGAGGGAAGAAGCCUGCUAUCAGCAUCACUUCUCGGUCUACAAAUAACUCUGCAAGGACCCUGAAGAGGUGUACUCAGACAGUGUCCAGGCCUUUGAUACAACCCAAACCCCUUUUGCCUGCUGUACCUGAAGCUCAGGCUAAUGUUGGCAUCCCAGCUAAAACCAUCAUUAUUCAGACUCUUCCCACACUUGUGUCACUGCCAAAACAUCAGCCAGUUGUUAAUGUCCAGCCAGCACCUCCUAAAGGUCAAUCUGUGGUGCUUCCCCAGCCCACUGUUGUACAGCUCCAAGCUUCUGGGGUGCUUCCUGCCUCCCAGCCAGUCAUUGCUGUCACCGGAGGGACCACACCACUUCACAAACAUACUGUGAAUGCAUUGCCUUCAGCUGCUGGAAAUGGCUCAACAACUGGCAAAGUAACAGUGACAAAGCCCUUGCUUCAAAGCACCACACCAACAAUGGGGCUGGAUGUCAAUGUCUUGAGACGGCAGCAGCGCAUGAUCAAAAACCGUGAGGCAGCCUUUCAGUCACGGAAAAAAAAGAAAGAAUACAUGUUGGGGCUGGAGGCGAGGCUGGAGGCAGCCUUGUUGGAGAACGAGAAACUCAAGAAAGAAAACAGCACACUGAAGAGGCAGCUGGAUGAAAUAGUAUCAGAGAAUGAGAAACUCAAAGUAUCAUCUCCAAAGAGAAGGACCCUGUGUGUGAUGGCUAUACUGGCUUUCAUAAUGUUGAAUUAUGGUCCAUUGAGUGUAUUUGAAAAGGAUCCCAAUGGAGUUGAUUCCACUGCGAGUUCCAACCACAGGACCAGAAAUCUUCUGGAGUUCUCAGCUAGGCAGGAGUUCAGCACAGCUCAGAAAAUACCUGGGGACAUCAUUCCCGAGAAGAGUAAUAGGUCUGGUCGUUCUGUAUCUGAUAACAAAGCACUGAUGAUAGUCUCAGAAGAACCACUGUUAUAUAUUUCACCACCCCCACCCCCCUGUCAGCCCUUGAUUAACCGGACAGAGUCACUGAGGCUGAAUCAUGAGCUUAGAGGAUGGGUUCAUAGACAUGAAGUGGAACGAACAAGAUCUAGAAGACUGUCAAAUAACCAACAGCAGAAAGCGCGAGUUACACAGAGCUCCCUCAGCAAGAAGGCAGAUUCUCAGCUAAUGGCUAUGCCUUACACAGACACCAGCCUCAGCAGGAACUCAGGGAAUGAGCUGCAAGUGUAUUAUGCCUCUCCAAGGAGCUAUCAAGAUUUUUUCGAAGCUAUUCGUAGAAGGGAGGAUACAUUCUACGUGGUGUCAUUUCGCAGAGACCACCUGUUAUUGCCAGCCACGGCACAUAACAAGACCAGAAGACCAAAGAUGUCUAUAGUGUUGCCAGCUGUAAACAUCAAUGAACAUUGCUCCUCCACCCUAUUCUGCCUCCUCCAUGGGGACUACACGUGUCCUGAAUAAGCAUCUGGAAGCUAGCUGACAACAAAGCUUUCCUCCCAGCUGUUCUUUGAAGCCCACCUUAAUUCUUUGUCCACCUGUGGAGAGCUGGCUGCUAGAAGAGGAUUGGUCUCCCUGGGAGGAUUUGGCAAAACUUUCAAUGGAAGAACUUGUCACCUCCUGCCUUUUCUUAUGUCUCAGCCAGGUCUCUGUGGAAGAACAGAAACCUUUUCCACUGCCACCUACUUGCCUUUGCUUUUUGUUGCCACAAACCUGGCAGAGGAGAUGAAGGGAAUGAAAGUGAAUGUCCUUUUCUUUGAAACUCUUUCGGAACUUCAUCACUUUCUUUCUUCUUCAGGAUCUUUAUUUGUCUGUGUAGUAAAGUUUACCCAUGACACUGUUUCCAAACAUGAAACAGCUUACAGUUCAGUCGAGAACCCUUUGAACUGCUUGGAUAGUCGUCUUUCCAGCAGAACUGUCUGACUGCACUUUGAUUACUUGAGUGCCUUCUGAGCUUAGUUACAGACUCUGCCUAUAGCUGGCUUGAGCUGCUCCCACCACCACUGUAGGGACGAAGGACAGGUACAGACAAAUAUGAGGAAGCAAAAAGAGUUGUCAGUCACUGUCCUACAUGACUCUGCAUGGAUGUUUAUGACAUGAUUCUGCAUGACUGGUCUGGCAGUUUUCACCAGUGUGCAAAGUAGAAUCAAAUUUAUACUUUGAAGAGUUUUUCUUGGAGGGAAGAGUGGGGGUAAGUCUAGAUAGUGGCAGUCCGAGUGUUUUGAAGAUAAUGGCAAAUCUCAAUGGAAAAUUUUGUAGUAGACAGGUGUGGGUAUGUGAGCAUGUAUGCAUUCAAUAAGAUGAAAGUUUGAGAACAAUUUUGUACAAACCAAGAAUAGUACAUUACUAAUUUUCAAGGCAAAAGCUUAAUAAAAACUAUUCAGUUGCUGUAUGUUGGAAAGGAGUAAAAAUGGCCAUUACCUUGCAGCUUCCUCCUGUGUGCUGCUUCUGGUAAGACUGAAUUGACUGUGAAUCAUACAAAUGUGAGCAUGAGGAUAAGCCAGCAAAAACCCCAUUGAGGGCUUAUGCACAGAUGCACAGAAAUAGGUUUAAAUAUUUAAAUAUAUUUAAUAUGAUAACAUGUUAAAUAUAUGUUUAAGUUUUUUAAGUAUAAUAACUUGUUACGCAUUGGUAUGUGUUAAUCCUCUCUCUUUUACCCUCUUUUCCUUCUUCUGCACCCUCUUUCCAAGCUUGCUGGGCUGCCUACCGCCUGCCAAUUGAUAGCCAGUACAUGCUGUGAGCUCCUCCAUCUCUGCCUCCCCUGAUGCCCUCCCAGCCAUUUAGCCUUCUCCCAUUCCCCUGCUGGUUACUGUCCCUCGGUACAACUCUCCAUUUUGCCCCCACGGCCACCCAUGCCCAUGUCUUGACCUGAUUCUGCCCAACAACAAAGCCGAGCAUUUGCGCACAAAAAAGUGUCACUCACAGAAAAUCUGCCUGAUGAUACCUAAGGACCUUAGGGCUGGUGAGCCUGGAAGGAAAAAAGCACAACUGGAUAGUCCUGGUUACACUGUAUAUGGUUUUGGAGGCACCAUUGGUGUGCCUUUACUGAGAAGUUAUUCCAGGAAGAAAUAUCUUUCUGUUUCUCAUGGGAAUGGAAGGCAACUGCAAUUUACAGUUAAACUCCAGCUUUUGUUUUUAACCAAGUCAUGUUUGUUAUGCUGGAUUGCAGCUAUUAUUUUAGAAAUCUAACUAUGCACUUGAGACCAGUUAAGUCUCCAGUAGAUUUCAUUCCUAAAUUUGCUUUUAUUGUAAUUUGGAGUCUUGUUGGCUCAUUACUCUAGUUCCAGAUUGACAUAUAGGCAGUGCCUUUCUUGAAGUUUAAGUGAAAACAUCUGCCAUUAGCCUUCUAUUUACUUAAUUGCUGUAAAAAAUGCAAGUUACAUGUACAAAAUGGGUUAUAACAUCAGUCUUUGUAUCAAAAUAAUCUAUAGAGUACAGCACAGCCAAGCCAGUCUCCCUACCCCAGGCACAAGCCUUUUGUCUCUACAGAAUGCCCACAGCAUACCACACUACCAGUAGUCCUCUCCUUGCAGCACACAGAAGUGAGAACAUAUGUACAGUCCUUCAGUAUAGGAGACAGCAUUCAAUAUUUAGCUCAAGAAACCACUUUCGUUAACAGAUUUCUCCCUAGGAUUAGGUUAGGUACUCUUGCAGCUUGCACUUCAUAGGAGCAGCUGUAAACAUCUAUGCAGAUGUGUACUCACCAUGAGUAUUGGUGCCCUAAGCAGUAGCACAAAGAUCAAACAGUCUUGUUUUAUUCUUAGGAUCCCUGUGCAGAACAAUUCCCCAUAUGUGAAAGUCCUUCCAUCAUUUGCUCUCAUUUGAGGGCUGGUAUCUAUGCAACAGUGAGAGGCCUGAUGAGAAAGCCCAUGGUGAGAUCUGAGGCUCAUUAUCUGGGAAUUGGCAGCCAUGACAGUUUUGAAUUUUUUACAGAUAUUCUGAGUAGGUUUUUGGUCUAAUGUCACACAGUGGGACUUGUCUUCAGUCUGCCUUUGACACAGCUGUGUGCCUGACCCUCUGUAACUUGCAUGUUUCUGACCUCUUAAGGAGCCCUGUUCUCCUAAGGGUUGCUUUUUGUCAUGAAGCACAACAUGGAAAUAGUCUCCUAGAGGCAGAAAUGAACUGUGAACAAGAUGCUGAGUUUUGCGAAAUCCAUGUGCUCUGUUACAUUGGCCAGCCCCUGAUCACAACCACUUCCCUCAGCCUUCCUUGCUAGCAUCCACCAUCGUACUCAUGUAACAGACUUCAGAAG